UACUAGAUGAAGGAAAAUUGUGGUCAGUAUAAGCAGGGAUAUUCCUUUUCCCCAGAGCACCCUCCAGAAGAUCACUCUAACACUGCUCCUCCUAAAACUUCGAACUACACUUUUGUCAAACAGACCUCCACUCAUAUUUCCAUGGCACUCACUCUUCUUCCACCACCUUCUUCAUCAUUCUCUUGAACUUUCCCAGAAAAAUUCAACAAAAAUUCAGCAAGAAAACUGAACAAAAAGGGUCUCAAAAACCCAGAAAAAUGCGGAGUCUCUUAAUCCUAAGACCACCAUCACCAUACAUUUCUUCUCUCUCCUCCUCCAAUUCGCCGUCUUCUUCUCUCUCUCCCCCACCUACAACCACCAGAAGUAGCAGAACCUGCGGCAGGUUGACGCGGCGGUUUCAAUUUCUGAGUCCUUCUUGUUCUUCUUCGAAGAAACAGCAGCAACAAACUUCGCAAACUACUCUUCAGAAAUCUCCUCCUCCUCAAAGUCUUCGACGUUUGUUGAAUUGGAAUCCAAAACCAGAAGAUGAUGAUACGAAAUCCGAUGAUUCGGGUUCGAAAGAUGGGGUGGAAGAGGGUGAAUUGGAAGGUGAUACCGCCAUUAAAGGUACUAUUGUUGCUGGGUUGUUGUUAGUUGGUGUUGUUGGUGGGUUUGGAGCAGCUGGGUAUUUUUAUAGGGAUCAGAUUAAUAGUUUCUUGACUCAGUUUUCUACGUUGAUUGAAGGUUAUGGGCCAGCAGGAUAUGCAUUAUUUGUGCUUGUAUAUGCCGGACUUGAGGUUCUUGCAAUUCCGGCUAUUCCAUUGACAAUGUCUGCCGGUCUUUUAUUUGGUUCUGUCACUGGAACUGUACUUGUUUCCAUAAGUGGAACAUUAGCAGCAAGCAUUGCUUUUCUAAUUGCAAGAUACUUUGCCCGUGAGCGAAUAUUGAAACUUGUUGAAGGAAACAAAAAGUUCAAAGCAAUUGAUAAAGCCAUUGGAGAGAAUGGUUUCAGAAUUGUUGCCCUCCUUCGCUUGAGUCCCUUGCUUCCCUUUUCCCUAGGGAAUUACUUGUAUGGACUUACGUCCGUCAAAUUUGUCCCCUAUGUUUUGGCAAGUUGGUUGGGGAUGCUUCCAGGGACAUGGGCGUAUGUGAAUGCCGGAGCUUUUGGUCGGGCGAUUAUUCAAGAAGAAACCGGUGUUGGUGUGACAGGAGGAAAUGGUCAACUUCUUACAUUGGGGCUGGGAUUAUUAGCAACAGCUCUAGCUGCUUCUUAUGUCACAAAACUGGCCAAGGAUGCAAUGAAGGACAUUGAAUGAAAGAGAAGCACGAAUGUACGUAGGCUGUAAAAUCUAUAGGUUACAAUUUUAUCAUGUAAAUUAAACAAUAGAAUUAUUAUCAAAAAUCUUAGUUCAAGUUUAUUUCUUUUACAGUAAUUGAUUUAUUAAUUCACAUGAAAUGAUGGAGAAGGUAUUUACCCAAAAAAAAAGUGAACAAAUGAACGUCUGAAACUCAUUUUUGACCUUGAAAUAUUUGAAUGUUCUGCUCCAGUUCAUAUUCAUGAAAUUCAUGUGAACUGAACCUUCUUA